AUGGAAAAAGAUAAAUUCUUACAGAUAUUUAAUAAUUUUGUUUUAUAUAAAUUAAUAUUCAAACAUAUUAAGAGUAUACAUAAUGUUAUUACUCAAAAUGUUGAUAGUGCGAGAUACAGUUGGUCAGAGGUAAUAGAGAAACCAACAGUAAUGGCUCGUUAUUCUUAUUUAAGAGAACUUAAACUAUAUUAUUCAGAACAUCCUAUUUUCAGUUUUGGAGUUGAUACUACACAUACUUUUAAUGCAGCAAUCAAAAGUGGAAACAUCGAGAUGCUCAAAUAUUUGGUGGAGUUGGCCAAACCAAUAGCUUCAUCACCUCUCCAUAUUAGAUUCAGUAGAAUCUUAAAAUAUGCAGCGAUGUAUGGAAGUUUGGAAAUGGUCGAAUACAUAUGUACAGAGUUUGCCAAGAAAAGAUUGAAUUACCGUUCUGCAUUUAGCAAAUCACCACUCUCUGGAGAUAUUGAAAUUGUCGAGUAUCUAAAAAAGAAACUGGAGAUUUUUGAUCUAUCAUUUCUUAAUUCAUUUUUAUAUAAUGCUGCAAAAAAAGGUCGAAUCGAUAUGAUUGAAUGGAUGAUCGAGAAUAGACCAAAAGGGAGAUCAAAUUCCUGCAUGUAUUAUGCUGCGAUUGAAGGUGGACAUCUCCAUGUUGUUCAAUAUCUCCUCGAUAUCAAAGAACCUUUUAUCUUCGAUCCGGAUUAUGGUUCAUUUCUUGAAUAUUCCAUCUAUUUCAAUCAAUUGGAAAUUGCAAAACUAUUUCACCAACACAAUAUCAUAGAAUCAGAGGAUACACUAAUUGAUUAUGCAGCAUUAAAUGGAAAUAUCGAAUGUUUGAAAUGGUUGAAUGAAAAUACAACUUUCGAAGCAAGUGUGCAAGCCAUGAACAAUGCAGCAACAAACAACCAUUUAGAAGUUCUCAAAUGGUUACGUCAACACCGAACUGAAGGUUGCAGUGAUGAUAUAAUUCAAAUUAUCUCUAGAAAAGGUUAUAUUGAAGUUAUACAAUGGUUAUAUGAGAAUCAAAGUAAUGUACUUCAAUCUCGGCAAUCUAUCGAUGUGGCUAUUUCUUAUGGUCAUUUAGAACUUGCCAAAUGGUUUUUUGAAAAACGAAAUGAACAACCAAGUUUGUUUGCAAUAGAUUCUGCAACUCUGAAUGGCAAUGAAUCAUCAGAAAUCCGCAAUUUCCAAAUGAUCAAAUGGUUGCAUGAUAAUCAUCCAAAUUUGACACAUAUCGAUGUUUUUGACAAAAAAAGUAUUUCAGCAUCUUUUCGAAAUGGAUGCAAAAAAUUAAUCAGAUGGUUUCACAACAAUAAUAUUCAAGGUGUGUUCAAUGACGAGUCAAUCGAUAUUUCGAUUAACGUAUUGGAGUAUCCACUUGUGAGAUGGAUCUAUGAGAACAGAAGUGAUUGUCAAUGUUCAUUUGUUGGCUUUAAAUCGGCUAUCAAAACUGGACAUAUGGGAAUGAUUGAAUACCUCUUGGAGAAACAUUCAGAGUUUGGUCAUCAAAUAUCUAUGGAGGAUUCUCUGGAACAUUAUUUUAAAAAGGAGGACAUCGAAAUGAUUGAAUUCCUUUUGGACAAGCUAGAUUACCCAUUGGUCGAACUAAAGAAAUUUGAAAAGAUCAUAAAUUCAACAGACUAUUCUAAUAUUUCAAAAACGCUCUUGAAUGAACUUAUUAAAGAGGAAAUCAAUUCUAUUGUUGGUAAUUCUGAUCGAUCUGAUAUUCCUAACGAACAAAUAAAAAAAAGAUAA